AUGAGGGAGCCGCUGGCGGUGCCGUGCGAGGUGGAGGCGGCGUCGUUCUCCGGUCGCGUCCCGCCGUCCACGCGCGAGGCCGUGGCUUACGUCGACCUGUGCGGCCUGGCGCUCCUCGACCCGCGCACGCUGCGAGCGAGCCACCGAUGGCUGUUCACGAAUCUGGCGGGCUGGCACGCGACGAGCGAGACGACGCUGUCGGUCCGGUACAUCCCUCGCCCCAACGCGGGACCGCGGACGAUCACGCUGCUGUUCCCGCCCGGAUGCGCGCCGGAGGUGCAGCUGGACAUGGAGAGGAAGGUGCGGAUGUACGCCGAGGGGAUGAUCCCGCGCGAGAAACUGGACGACGACCGGCUGCCGGAGGGCGCGACGCUGUCCGCGGAUUCCCUGCGCGACGCCAGGACCUUACCCGACGCGCCCCUAUCGGACGCCGUCUUACGCGCGGCGCAUCCGCGGAGGGGACGCGUCGAUCGACCGCCGUCCGUGCAGAACACCCCCGCGGGAUGGGCCCCGCGGCGCAUCGACCUCGACGACGAGACCAUCGACGAUUUGACCAUCGCCAAACCGUCGUCGGCGAGGAACCUCGACGACACUUUCGCGACCAUACGCGCGGCGUUCCGAGGCGCGGCAUCCUCCGCGGUGAAACCCGCGAGCAUCGUGGCGAAACUCAAGUCGACCGGCAAGCUUCACAGGGGAGAGACAGGAGGAAGGGGAGGAGGAGGAGGAGGAGGAGGAGGAGGGGUAUUCCGGACCCCCGCGCCGAAUGGAGCAGAUGCAACGCCCGCGAUGACGGAGCGCCAACGAACGGUCAUGGCCGACGCCGUGGGCGCGUGGCGCAGCGUCGGCACCGCCCUCAGCGACACCCCGCUCGACGAACACGCGGUGCGAGCCGCUUGGGAGCGCCGCGAGUGGGCGCGUCAGGCUGAAGAGGCGUCACACGCGGCGGCGGCGCGAGCGGAGGAGGAACGCUUAGAGCGGUUGGAGCGGGGACCGGAGCCGCCAGCUGUGCGGCGAUGGGACCGAGGAACGUCUGGAGCGCCGCCCCCGCGAGGGCACAGGCUGGCGCGGAGGCUGGCGGCGGAGGGGCCCGCGAGGAGGAGGGGGGCGGAUCGGGCGCCGCCGCCGAUGUUUGACGCCACGCCGAGUCGGGGGUUGGACGAUUCAUCAAUCGACGGCUUCCGCGGCGCCGCAGAUGAGUGGCCCGGGGACGAGGGAGACUUCUUCUACGACGUGGAGGUGGGAACGACGCCGAACGGGCGAGCGGCCCCGGGGGGGGGCGAGCGGCGGCGGGGGACGGAGUCCCGCGAGACGGUGGACGGGUUCGCCCGGGACGAGGACGAGGAGGAGGAGGAGGAGGAGGAGGUGGCGGUCAAUCGAAGGGUCAGAACAUUCGCGGGGGUGGUGAAAGAGUCGCUGGCGAGGGUGGGACGCGCGGCGAGCGCGGGGGACGUCGACGCGGAGGUGGCCGCGCUCAUCAACCGGCUGCGACGUCUCGCGGCGGAGCGAUGA